AAAAAAAAAAAAACAAAAAAAAAAAGAAUCCACCGGCCGGCCGAGGCGUGUGCGUAAGGUACGAGUAAGCUCGCUCGGUCUGCCGUUUGCCCACGCGACGCUGGACCUCUCUACCCUCGUCCACCCCCCCGACAGGGAAUGCCAUCUAACCCCCAACCCAGGCACGCCGCACGCCGCACCGCACACAAAAACGCGACCACGACCGCCUGCCAUACUUUAUUCGUUUGGUUCCCAGGUUUCGUCCUUCGUCCCCUCUACUUACACCUACACCUCUUUCCCUCAACCCCCUUCCGUUCGUUCUCACCAACUACUAUUCUCUCGUUAAACCCUCGACUUGAACAUUCACUUCACCCAAUCCCCAUCGACAACCUGGGCCCAUUCCACCGGCCAUCUGGACCAUCUUCUCACCAACCCGGUUCCAUAUCGAAGCCUCGCCCGUCCAGUGCUCGGCGUCCUAUUCGUCAACGCAAACGACAAACCCCAUUCUUUACUCGCCCUGGAGAGAGAGUUUCUAUACGGAGCUCUUCUACAGAUCGAACCAUCAACAGUGCUCAUGUACACGGCUGGUCAACCGCGUCCCGAUCUCACCUCGUCUAGUCAUCACCUCUGUGGAACCACGGUGUCGACUCAUCACUUACACCCGCUGUCGACUCACAGCAGUAACCCAGCCUCAUCGGGGCCCGGUCCUCAUCGAUUCAUCAGUCUUUGGUCUUGACGAGCCGUUUGUCCGCUGUCGAGAACA